AAAGACAAGGCAGUUGAACAAUGGCCCGCCGUUACGAUUCCAGAACAACAAUCUUCUCGCCCGAGGGCAGACUGUACCAGGUCGAGUACGCCUUAGAGGCUAUCUCCCAUGCCGGUACGUGCCUCGGUAUCAUGGCCAAAGACGGAAUCGUGCUCGCUGCGGAGAAGAAGGUGACGAGUAAGCUACUGGAACAAGACACCGCAAACGAGAAGCUAUACAUCCUGAACGACAACAUGAUCUCCGCUGUGGCCGGACUCACCUCCGACGCAAACGUCCUCAUCGACUUCGCCCGCCGAAUCGCCCAACGACACCUCCUAACAUACAACGAGGACAUCCCCUGCGAACAACUCGUCAAACGCCUCUGCGACACCAAACAAGGCUACACCCAAGGCGGUGGUCUCCGCCCCUUCGGUGUAUCAUUCCUCUUCGCAGGCCACGACCUCCUGCACGGCUUCCAACUCUACCAAUCUAAUCCGUCGGGUAAUUACUCCGGGUGGAAGGCGACGGCGGUUGGAGCGAAUAAUGCUAGUGCGCAGAGUUUGCUGAAGCAGGAUUGGAAGGAGGAUAUGAGUUUGCAGGAGGUUGUGGAGCUUGCGGCAAAGGUUAUGGGAAAGACGAUGGAUUCGACGAAUCUGACGUCUGAGAAAUUGGAGUUUGCCACGAUUGGCCUUAGAGACGGAAAGAUCUUCCAUCACCUUUGGAAGCCGGAGGAGAUUGAUCAGUUGUUGAAGGACCAGGGAUUGAUGAAGAAGGAUGAGGAUGCGAUGGAGUCGUAAACAUGCCUGAGGAAGACGCGGAUGGUGUGAGAACCUAGAGAUGAUGAUACUGAGAUACCACGGUUGAAAUGCCAAGUU